UCGCUGGACGGACACGCACCACAGACACGGGAAUGCACACAAAAUGCUGCGUCCACGAGCUGUGACAAGCCGCUGCAUGUGAAGACAAUAAAGACACAGCCAAGGAAAACGCCGGAAGCUCUCUCCCGUCCGAAUCGAAGCACUCGCGCAGGAAGUGUGUUUGCCGCAGAAAUCAUCCCAUCAGAGCUCCCGCCGAUGCGCCUCAGCCGUGCAUGAAUCCCUCCGUUUGGCUUGCAGGUCCAGGACAAAACCGGGUGGCGACUGUGUGCGGUGGAUACUGUUCGUGAAGUGCACCUCAUCCGCGUCUCCGCACACCCCGUGGCACCUCCUUCAGGAUGGCGUUAACGAUCUGCACGAGAUUUACCGACGAAUAUCAGCUGUUCGAGGAGCUGGGGAAGGGCGCAUUCUCUGUGGUCAGGAGGUGCGUGAAGAUCUCCUCUGGACAGGAAUAUGCCGCCAAAAUCAUCAAUACCAAGAAGCUUUCUGCCAGAGAUCAUCAAAAGCUGGAGAGGGAGGCGAGGAUUUGUCGUUUACUGAAGCACCCCAACAUCGUACGACUCCAUGACAGCAUAUCAGAAGAGGGUUUCCACUAUCUGGUGUUUGAUCUGGUGACGGGAGGAGAGCUAUUUGAGGACAUCGUAGCGAGGGAGUACUACAGUGAGGCUGAUGCCAGCCACUGCAUACAGCAGAUCCUCGAGAGUGUCCAUCACUGCCAUGUUAAUGGGAUCGUCCACAGGGAUCUGAAGCCUGAGAACCUUCUAUUGGCCAGUAAGCUGAAGGGGGCGGCGGUCAAGUUGGCUGACUUUGGGCUGGCUAUCGAGGUGCAGGGGGACCAGCAGGCAUGGUUUGGUUUUGCCGGCACCCCGGGAUACUUGUCUCCGGAAGUUCUGAGGAAAGACCCAUAUGGGAAACCAGUGGACAUGUGGGCUUGUGGUGUGAUUUUAUACAUCCUGCUGGUGGGUUACCCUCCCUUCUGGGAUGAGGACCAGCACCGCCUUUACCAACAAAUCAAGGCUGGAGCCUAUGAUUUCCCAUCCCCAGAGUGGGACACUGUAACUCCUGAGGCCAAAGAUCUGAUCAACAAGAUGCUAACCAUCAACCCCAGUAAACGCAUCACUGCUGCGGAGGCCCUCAAACACCCCUGGAUCUGCCAACGGUCCACUGUAGCUUCCAUGAUGCACAGGCAGGAGACAGUGGAGUGCCUGAAGAAAUUCAACGCUAGGAGGAAACUCAAGGGAGCCAUAUUGACCACUUUGCUGGUCACAAGAAACUUCUCAGCAGCCAAGAGUUUGCUCAACAAGAAGCAAGACGGCGUUAAGGUCAACAACAAAGCCAACACAGUGACCAGUCCUAAAGACACUGGCCCUGCCCCUGCUCUGGAACCACAGACAACUGUGAUCCACAACCCUGUGGAUGGAAACAAGGAGUCCAUUGAGAGUGCCAACACCACCAUAGAGGAUGAGGAUGUAAAAGCCUGCACCAAUAACAAUAAAGCCCGCAAACAGGAAAUUAUCAAAGUCACCGAGCAGUUGAUUGAGUCUAUCAACAACGGAGACUUUGAGGCCUAUGCGAAGAUUUGUGAUCCUGGUCUAACUUCCUUUGAGCCUGAGGCUCUGGGCAACCUGGUGGAAGGACAUGACUUCCAUCGCUUUUACUUUGAGAAUGCCCUGUCCAAAGGAAAUAAGCCGGUGCACACCAUCCUCUUGAACCCACAUGUGCACCUAAUUGGGGAAAAUGCAGCGUGUAUCGCCUAUAUUCGACUGACCCAGUACAUGGAUGGUGCAGGCAUGCCCCGCACCAUGCAGUCAGAGGAGACCCGAGUGUGGCACCGCCGCGACGGAAAGUGGCAGAACAUCCACUUCCACCGCUCCGGCUCGCCCAGCAUCCCCUCCCAGUAAGAGACAUUAAUGGAAUAUCAACAUGUGGUCAAAAAGAAAAAAGAAAAAAGAAAAAAUCCCAUCAGCAAAUCUAGUAGGGCAGUCAACUAGCCAACCCAUGACUGCUGCCCGCCCUCUGACCCUUCUGUAAGGACAUGACAUCGCACAGGACACAAGUAUUAAUACAUUUUAUUGUUAUGGCAUUUUAUUAAUGGACAUCAUUCGAAACCACCACCGCGUGGCUGCACACAGUAUUUGGACAUUAUGAAACAAGCAUAUUGACGACAUUUUUUUGUUUGUUUGUUUUUUAAGAUGUUUUGGUAUGCAUUUUAAAUAUAAAAUAGAGAUGUUUAAAAAUCUACUACUGUAACCUCUCCCAAAAAUUAGUUCUGUAUUUUUAUGUGUAUUUAUGUGUGUGCAAUACAAAAACAUUUGGAAGAUCAGAAUGUUAAAAUUUGAGCUUGCUUUAGUUCUGGUGAUGUAUAUACAUUGUGAUUGUUGAUAAAAACAAAAACAAACAUUGAAAUUGCUAUUCUUGCUAUCAGAGGAAUUAAGAGUUUAUGUAAAAUCCAGUUUAUGAGCUACAUUUAUGUUUGCUAUGAGCUAAGUCAUACUGUUUGAAUUGUCCAGUUUCAACCUAUAAUACUAAUUUAAAUGUAAAGAAAAGCAGAGCAGCUUACACUUUGCAUUGAGAUAUGUUUGCCUUUAUAUCAGUGAAAUAAGAAAUAAGAGAAUGUAGCAUAUAUGUAAUAUAUGAAAAUUCAAGACUAUUGUGUAGUGCAUGGGGGGAAUAUUGUAAGUAAGAUCAUAUGAAACUAUAAUAUCUUCUGUUUGAUUUGUGAAUCACUGACUUGUUUGUUUGCAUUUGUUAAUGUUGUGCAUCAGUCCUGUCCCAAAUGUUUCUAAUGUCCUCCAGUAUCAUGGAACUGUUGUAAGAACAAUAACACAGUUAUGGUUAACAUACAGCGUAAAUAUCAAAACCUCAUAUCUACGAGGAGGAAAACUAAGCUCCUGGUUGCCGAAGCACCCCUUACAUUUUGUAUAAAAAUGAGAAGAAAACAAGCUCAUUUUUCAUAAUGUUUGUACUCGUAUUGUAUGACUGUAUGUAGGCUUUCCGUUGUCAUUUUAUUCUCGUCAUUUCUGGUGUGUUACUUUGCCAAUUGCACAGAGAAGGUGGAGAUGAUGAAGAUGGAGCAAAGGCACUAUAGUCUUUACCUUCUGUCAGGUUAGGUGUUUACCUGAUGGUUGGGCUUAUAAAUCUGGAAAUUGGAUUGAAGAACGUUGCAGUCAGACAAGAGGAUGGUAAGACAGCAGUGAAGGAGUCAAAAUGAGACUGGACUGUUUUAAAUGUUGGGAUGUCUUCCUUGAUGAUCAGUGCUUCUACCAUCCAGUGGUCUCUUUACCACUGCAGGACAAUGCCAGUGUCUUCGUCAUCCUUACUGUUUGCUCUUUUCAAUUGGUUGGUCUCUUCUUUUUUAAAGGGAAAAUAUGAUAAAACAUUUCUUUAAACGAAACGUAUGAUGUCAAUGCAAUGCACCACUCCUUAUAUGGUGUGUACCUGUUGCCAGCACGGCAAUGGACGGCUUAACAUGUUUAAGAAAUAAAUAAAUCAGCUAAAAU